AUGAGGAGAUCGAAAACCUCCCCGUGGCUGAAAACUGAGGCUGUUAGGAAUUUCUUUGUCAGAUCCUCAUACGUCGAAAUCGACGGGAGAGUCCAUUCUAUCUAUCUAUCUAUCUAUCUAUCUAUCUAUCUAUCUAUCUAUCUAUCUAUCUAUCUAUCUUAUCAUCCCCCUUCCUUUCUUUAUUCUAUUCAUACUUUUUUCUUUCUUUCUUUUGUCCAUUCUUUCUUUCUUCUAUUAAUUCUUUACCCUUCCUUCAUUUCUAUUCAUUCAUUCAUUCAUUCAUUCAUUCUUUCUUUCUUUCUUUCUUUCUUUCUUUCUUUCUUUUAUUCCUGCCACCCUUCCUUUCUUUCUUCUAUUCCUUCAUUUUUCUUCAAUACCUUCUUUCUUUCUUUCUUUCUUUCUUUCUUUCUUUCUUUCUUUCUUUCUUUCUUUCUUUCUUUCUCCUUCUCUUCCUUUCUUUCUUCUAUUCCUUCAUUUUUCUUCAAUACCUUCUUUCUUUCUUUCUUUCUUUCUUUCUUUCUUUCUUUCUUUCUUUCUUUCUUUCUUUCUUUCCUCCCACCCUUUCUUUCUUGUAUUCCUUCAUUUUUCUUCAAUUCCUUCUUCUUUGCUUUUUUUUCUAAUCUUUCUUUCUUUCUUUCUUUCUUUCUUUCUUUCUUUCUUUCUUUCUUUCUUUCUUUCUUUCUUUUAUUCCUCCCACCCUUUCUUUCUUGUAUUCCUUCAUUUUUCUUCAAUUCCUUCUUCUUUCCUUUUUUUUCUAAUCUUUCUUUCUUUCUUUCUUUCUUUCUUUCUUUCUUUCUUUCUUUCUUUCUUUUCUAUUCAUUCCUUUCUUUCUUUUAA